AUGGCGUCCUUAAUUACAUCAACAAUUCCCUCGAGCACCGCCGCGGCUCUUUCAACCACCACAACAUCCCUCCCCGACGGCACAAUCACAACGCCCAUCGCCACCCUGACAACACCGUUCACACCCCCAGCAGUAUCAAACUGCCACCCCCUCUGGGAAACAACCAGCGUCCUCACCGGCCUAUGGGACCAAGACGACCACUGGACCAUAACAACCGCACAGGCUCUCAUCUCAGGCCCUGCCGCAGAUGCGCAGUUCCAAGCAUGUCAACCCUCUGGCUGGGCCGACGUAGUCUCGCAAAGCCGUUAUGUCUUUAGCCCCGCCGUGUGUCCCAGCGGGUGGACGGCGUACGAGCUGACGACUUUUGUCUCGUCUGCCGCCUUUUCGACGCGACGACCAUUGACGGCUUCGAGUGCGUACUGCUGCGCUGAGGGGUUCAGCUUGGACGGUGGGGGCCAAGGCAUCGUCACCCUCCACACGGCAUGGAAUAUCAUCUGGGAGGCAUCCGACACGUCCACCCUCUCGCCCGAGCCGCCCAAGCUGACCUCGGGCAUGGCUACCUCUACUCGGGUUCGCGGUGCUGUGUUGCUGCGGGUACUUUUGUUGGCGGUCGAGGAGGGGGUACAACAACAAUAG